AUGCACAACGAAUAGAAUCAAAUAAAAUAAUGUUAAUAAUAUAAAGAAGAAAGGUUUCAAUAAAGUUUAUUCAAAGAUCAAAUCUAAAAUAUUGAUUUAACUAUUUAAGAUGAUUCGAAAAAUCCAAAUUUUGUUAAAGUUAUUCUGAUUUGCACUUUCACAAAUGAAGUAAAUUAUACUUUUAAUUAAAGACUAUUGCAAACAAAGAAAAAAUUAUUUGCUCUGAAAAUGAAACUUAAAUUAUUUAAAAAGAUGAUGUAGUUGGUAAAUAAUCAAAUAAAAAUAAUAGAAUAAUAUGAUCUUUCUGAUUGUAUAAAAAAAGAAAUUAUAACAUAUGUAGAAAGGACAUUCAUUGAAUGUUCUAAACUAUUAAAGUCAAAUUACAUUGAAAAACUUGAUGUGAUAAAAGUAAAAUUAUAUUUUAGAUAUUUAGUUACCAAUAUGUUCAGCCAAUGGAAUACGUAUUCCCAAUGAAUAUGACAUUAAGUAGUUUUUUAAAUUAUCCUUAAUCAAAAAUAAUAAUGAAGAAUUCACGAAAUCUAUUCGAACUAUGGACACUAAACAUUUAUUUGGAUUACUUAUAACCAGUCUAAUAUUUUAAGUAAAUUUUCCUCUUUUUAUUAUUUUGAGGAUAGUCAUAUUGAAGAAGCUCUUUAUGAAUAGAUCUUUUCAAAUAUCAACUUAGAAAAUGCUAUUAAAUUAUUACUUAUUAAUGUAUAAUAUGAAUCUAAAAAACAACACUAUUUUUAUAAGUAUAAUAAAUAUUCAUCAUAUAGACUUAUUAAACAUUUAUAUUAUUUUAGUAAAGGCUUAUUAAAAGAAACUUAUGAUAAUCAUUUAUAAAAAAUUGUCUAAAAUGGAAUGAAACCAAAACAAUUGUAAGUCGAAAAACCUAAUUUUAUAAAAUUGAUUACUUAAUAGCACAUUUUUAAAAUUAACUCUACUAUUUUUUAUCCUCUUUUUAAAUAAUAAGAGUUAUAUCUAUUUAAAUAUUAUAAACCAAUUAGAGAAACACAAUUAUUCACUGUGAAUAGAACUUUAAAUUUUGUAGAAGGAAAAGAAUAAUCAGAUUAUCCUCAUCUUUACUAUCUUAAAAAUAAUGAAAAUUAAACCAUUUUAAUAGCUAUAUAAUAUGAAAUGACAGGAGAUAUUCUUAUUUUCUAAGAGUACCAAGAUAAAUUUAUUAAAUAUAAUGAUAAUUAUUUAGGAAUUAUUGAAUUUAAAAAUUAAGGAAAAGAAUUUAUUGUUUAUGAUGAUGGAUAUCCAGAAUAUAUGGAAAAUAGUUUUCCUUAAUGGAUUGGAAGGAAAAAAAGAAGAAUGUUAGUAUUUGAUUAUUUUUCAGAAAAAAGAUAUGACAAACCAAGAUUAUUUUAUGUGAAAUGUUACAACAUAAAUACAAAUUAAUACGAUGGUAAUCAUUUAUUUUUAUUUUUGAAGAAAUUAUCACUAAAGAACCUCAUUAUGAAGAAUCUAAAGGUGCUUUUACUUUAAAAUUAAAAGACAUUGCAUAAACUCCUUCUACAAGAAAUUUCAUUUUACAAAAAAAGUGUGAAAACAACACAGAAUAGAAUAUCUAUUUAUGUCAUGGUAAAUAGAAUAAACAUACAUUUCACUUAUAAUUGCAUGAAGGAAUAAGCAUAUUUUAAGGAUUUUGUAUUUCAGUUUUAUCAAUUUGUUCAAAAGGCACUUAUUAAUGA